AUGGUGAUAGAAUUAGUCCUUAUCCUAAUAAUGGCUUCUGCCUACAGAUGUCAAGUUGGGAUUGGAUCAGAACUGCGAUGUUAUCAGUGCAACUCAUUAACCCAACCACAUUGCGGAGACUAUUUCGACAAUCGAACUUUUCCACUAGUUGCUUGUCCAAAUGAUGGCAAGAAUUAUUCCAGAUGUGUCAAAAUGAUCCAGGAAAUGUAUUUAGAUGGAAAGUGGACUAGACGUUAUUAUCGAGAUUGUGCAGUAACCGGUGUAAUUGGUGCAGAAGAUGGUCGUUGGUGUAUUGAUCGAUUAGGCACAUAUCGUGUUAAAGUUCGUUAUUGUAAUUGUAAUAAUAAAAAUGGAUGUAAUUCAACUCCGCCAUUGUCUGUUUCACUGACAUUCAAUACAUUUAUGAUCAUUGGAUUAUUACUGUUAUUAUUUUAUUCUUCUCGAAUUAUUUAAGAUUAAAAAAUUCGUAUAUUUAUACAUAUACCGCCGUUUGUGUUUUACUUUCAUUAUAAAACACUUGUCAAUGUUUCAAUACGCCAAUACACAUAUCUGUUCAUAUUUUUAUUAUUUAUUUACAACGAAUAAUCAGAAAUCACCAGUUGUUGUUAUAAAGUUAAAAGUAAAAGAUCAUUUUAUCAUAGAGGAUUUUUUAUGGAUAAAAAAAUAUGA